UGACCAUCUACGACUCCCCGAUUAUAUCAUUCUUAUUGUCUUAGCCAGGUGCCCCUCCAACAUCUUAGCAACUUCUCCCCCACCCCCCACAAUACUACUAAUCAGGGGCUGAGGGGCUCGUGCGACACUUGACUCACACCAGUUGGACCAAUACACAAUCGCCAUGGACACGAGACAAACUAGGCGAAAGAGACAAAACAGCUCUACAUCUGGUCAAGUGCCCCCUUCGCCGGCUUCUACUAAGAAGACUCGCCAUGUUGCCUCAGCAUCGUCCUGCGAGACCCCUCGUCGGUCUAGCAAGAGAGUUCGGUUCUCAGGCCCGGGCCCUGAGCUGCAACAUGGCCUCGACUACUCGACGGGCCUCACUCCCGCCAUGUUUCGCACCUCCUUCGAGGAGCGCGCAGAGGAUGAUCCUCUGACGCGCACUCCCAGCCGCCGCCUACGAAGGCGCUCGACCGCUCUUGCACAGUCUCGCCGCUGCAUGAGCUCUCCAAGUGCUGCCGACCCAGCUUCAUCGGGGUGUGUAGUACAGUUCACACCCCUGCGACAACUCCUAGACGCGCGGACCCAACGAAGGAUCCGGCGGGUAGGGUUGAGUGAUGAGAUCAACCAGCUGGAGCGCGAGAAACGAGAAACCGCUCAAUACGAGAAGACGCUCCAGUCACUACGGCGCGAGCGAGAUUCCUUGAAGCAUGAGUUGGAAUCGGUCAAAAGAAUCCAGCCUGUAUCGGAGAGUCAACCAUCGAAUGGUGAAACCACAUGGCUGUCACCGCAAUCGAUAGUUGAACAGGUCGUGUCUGAAAAUACCCAACUAAAGGAGCAACGUUCAUUCCCUUCACCGGAUAGUCAUUCUGACCAUGACACGAUGAUCAACACCGAGGGCGAGACAAUGAUCAUCAACGAUAGUGGGUGGGAUUACGAUACAGUGCUGAUAUCAGAUUCGCCAGAUUUCCGAGGACUAGAAGCCCGGCGGCUUUUGGUUCCCGACGACUUUUCGCUUCUCAGCCAAGGACAUGCAAAUGCCGAUGCAUCGACCCAGGCCUCUAUACCGGACCAUAAAAGAGAGGCGGAAAUAAUUGCACUGUCAGCCGACCUCGCAGCCGCCAGAAAAGAGAAAAGAGACCUGUUUGAUGCAUGCCGUGCCCGAGUUGCUUCAUUUGGAGGCACGGCAAUUGAGGGUCUUCUUCGUCGAUCCUCUCCACCACCAGACUUCCUAGAUCAAGUCCUGCCUACCUUGACCCAGACCCUGCAUCGCGCUUCUGAUGCCGCUCAAGCACUUGACCAUAUUAAGGAAGAGCUGUCGGGUCUAGGAUUUCCAGGAGAUAACGCCAACGACAUCAUCUCUACGAUGCGCGAGCGCUUCCGCACAGCACGCCUCCAACUAGAGCGAGCAGUCCCUGGCGAAACUGCCAAUGCCAGUUUAGGUGACGGCAAUGCAACUCUUGGGGCAUUGGUAAAGAGAGUAGAGGUGCUUGUCAAGAAUCUUGGAGACGAGCAGACACGACUAGAAGGCUCUGUCGGCCGGGAGAACGCACUCCGGGGUCAAUUCGAUAUUCUGCUGGCUCGGUAUGAGGCAGCGUCAAAGAAAAUCCAAGACCUGGAAGAAUCAAUUACAACUUCCGCCGGAGACAUGCUUCAUACGCGAAUGCGUAUGCAAGAGCUUGAAGGCGAAGGAAAGGAGCAGGCAGUCAGUAUUGACAGGCUCAAUGCAGCUCUCGACAAAUACCGUGAAGAAGUCAAGGCGCUCGAAGCGUUAGUAACAGAGCUAGAGACGGAUAAAGCCAAAAGCAAUGAGGCGCACAAGAAAAAGGUGGAGGAGCUGCAGCGGCGAAUGGAGGGACAGAAGAGUGCUAUUCGUAUUGCCGAGUCCACAAUUGCAGAGCGAGAGACACGCAUUCGAGAACUGGAAGAGAUCGUUCAGCAAAAUCGCAGCCUUGUGUGUGACCUGACAGCCAAGGUUGAGUCACUUGAGGUCGAGCGCAUGCAAGUGGUCCAGACUCUGGAGCAAGGGGCAGCAGAGCAGCAACAGCGCCUCGAACAGGAAGUUGGAUCGAUGAAUGUUCGAGUUUCCGAGCUCAACACGUCGCUCGAGGAGGCCAAGUCAGAUAUUGAGAGGCUUCGGCGCAGUAACAGUGGGCUGGAAAAUCAGCUGCGCCUGGAAGUUGAGGCGAGAGACAAUCUAUUGGACAAUUGGGCUGCGGAGCAAGCGCGGUCAUAUGCGUUCAUGAAGGAAUCCGUCAACAACGAGCGACGGAGAGCCAGGGUCCGAGCUGCUAACUGGGAGCUUCAAUCGGACGAAAUCCAAUCCGAUAGCUUGAAUAUCGGCAGCGAACCCAUCACACCGGUCAGCAUGACAAGAUAUGUUGAUGUGGAGGCUGGUCGGGGCAAGCAUCGUAAGCCACUGGAUAGUGCAAUUGGGAUACUCUCCGAGGAUGACCUCGAGGAUGCUGGAGUUGGUCAUAUUAUGCCGGAGUCGUUGCCUUCUGACCCGGCUGAUUUAUAGGUUGUUUUCGUGCAUUUAAGUCUUGACAUAUUUGAGUAUAAGGAUCUGUUCCAUGGUGUUUUGGGGCGGGCAGUGCUUGUAUUGGAAUAGGGUAUUCAUAGUUAUCGUAUAGUAUGCUGGCCAUUGAUCAGAAAUCAAC